GAAGAAUAUUCACGAUGGCACCACACUAUGCGAUGCUCGAAACCAGAGCCCUCGAGACUGCGGGCUCCCAUCUCGCAAAGCGCGACUUGACCGUCACUCACACACAGGCGGUGACACUCGGAGUGAUGGCUGUUUACGUGGUGGUUAUUGCGCUUUUAUGGAACUUACCUUAUCUCCGGUGGUCGCUAUGGCCUUUUAAGAUGUUGGUUAUUGCUUUCCAUGAAUUCGGCCAUGCGAUCACCGCGUGCUGCACUGGAGGCAAAGUCAAGUCCAUCUCCCUUGAUCCCCAUGAAGGGGGAGUCACACACAUGCAAGGUGGUAUUAGCGCCGUCACGCUCCCCGCUGGCUACCUGGGAUCGUCCAUUAUCGGUGCCCUCCUGAUCUUCGCGGGGUUCGAUAUUGUCGCGAGCAAGGUUGCCAGUAUUGUUCUGGGAGUCUGCUUCCUGCUCACACUCUGGUGGGCCCGGAGAGACUGGUUGACCAUCGUCACCAUCCUCCUCGCGGUUGGGCUGUUGGUGGCGUGUUGGUUCAUUGCACAUGGAGAGGCGCUGAAGUGGGUGGUGCUUUUCAUUGGUGUUAUGUCCGCCCUUUACAGCGUCUGGGAUAUUUGUGACGACCUUAUUAUUCGGAAGGUCAAUACCUCCGAUGCUAGUGUUUUCGCUCAGCGAUAUGGGGGCUCUUCCCGAUGCUGGGGUGUUAUCUGGUCCAUUAUCUCCCUUCUUUUCAUGGCUGUUGGCAUUAUCGCUGGUAUCGCGGCCUUCCGUGAGUCGUUUAGCGAGCAAGAAGACUCGUCAAAGCAUUUUAUUCCUACUAUUUAAGGUUGGGGGUAUCCAAAAUUCCUUAUACCUGAUGUAAUGAUUCGGCAGUAUGGUCCGGUACUAGCACUACGCUCUAACUAUCGACGAGAAGACGACUGAAGCCUGUAUUUCUUUAUUGGUGUUGUUUGGACUUUUUCAUAUACCCCAGUUUUUGCUAAGCGGAUACGGAAGCGUAAUGAAUGUUGUUCUCAAUCUCCUUAAACUUGGUUAAAUAUGAUUUGUUCCAUAAAAUUUAAGUAGAACUAAGAUCAGAUUUAACGUACACAACCACCGAGUGAUGCACUCCGUAUUU